AUGGAAGGCCACAUCGAAGCCGGCAUCAACAACGAAAACGACGAACUCUCAACCAGCGAUGCCGACUCGGCGGUGAGCAUCUCCAGAAGUAGCACGACCUCCAUCACGCCUAGCAUCUGGGAGCACGAAUAUAUUAAUGGCCGCCGCUACCACAAUUUCCGCUCGGGCCGCUACCCAUUGCCUAACGACGAUAGGGAGCAAGAUCGUGAGGAUAUGAUGCAUAGAAUAAUGCUUCAAGCGACGAAUGGGAAGUUAAUAUAUGCGCUAAUUGACGAGGAUCCGCAGAAUAUUGUGGAUUUGGGAACAGGGACGGGAAUAUGGGCGAUUGAAGCUGCCGAUGAUUAUCCCAGUGCACAGGUCAUCGGCCUCGAUCUCAGCCCCAUCCAGCCCGACGUGGUGCCGCCCAAUGUGACCUUCAUUGUUGACGACAUUGAAGACGAAUGGCUUAACGGCGACAACUUUGACCUUGUCCACCUCCGCCACGUGAUGCCGUACCUCGAAUCACCCGAAAAAGUCUUGAAGAAGGCUUUCUGUCACAUGAAGCCUGGCGCCUGGAUCGAGCUCCAAGACAUCGACCACCAAUGCCACUCAGAUGAUGAUACCAUACCCGACAACUGGCCUGUUACGCAAUUAUAUGACUUGUUGGUUGAUGCCUUUCAGCGCUUCGGUGGUAACGCCCGCGCUGCCGAUCUUGGCGGAGAGUAUCUCACCAACGCGGGCUUCAUCAACAUUCAACACAACUACGUCAAGCUGCCCUUCGGCCCGUGGCCCCUCGAUAAAAAGAAGCGCUACGUCGGUCAGUUUUAUCGUGAAGCCUGCAAAGAGUUCUUCCCCGCCCUCGCUGCCCGGCAUUUUCCCAAAAUGGGCUGGACGAGCGCCGAGACGGAGGUCUUCUUGGCAGAGUGUCGAGAGGCAAUGAAAGAUUGCAGUGUCCAUGCCUACAGCAAAAUGCAUUUUUGGAGUGGACAGAAAUCCAAGGAUGCAAAGUAG